AUGAUCCCGCAUCCCUCUUCGACGGGCUUUCAAACCUGGACAAACCACACUCACGCUUCUGACAGGUCGUCCAUGGCCGUGGCUCCUGCACCUUCCUCCGCGCAACAGAUAAUCGAUCUGUCCGCCUCCGACGGCGGGCCUUCUGAGACCGAGCAUCUUCACAAGAGACCCAGGUUAGAUACUACUGUGUCGGGCCUGGCGAGCGAUGGCCGUACCCCUUCCAGAAGCGCAGACGCUCGAAGCGCGACAACUCUCGCCAGCGGCGGCAGCAAUCCUACAAGACCUGCUGUGGUAUCAGGUCGCGGCCGUCCAGCCUACUCUUUUCAGGAUUUAGUCGCCGAUACCUAUGGAGCAAGUGUCUUUGGAAAUACGACCCCAGGCUCGCAACCCGCCAAACCUCCGUCCCCGCCGCCGUUCCCUGUGCGACCAUGGACCCAUACCCCUGCGCGUCAGUCGCAUAUUGAAAAUGAGGGAUUGUCGGACAAUUUGCGCUCGCGCGAAGUUCAGACGAUUCCAUACCAUCCAGAGACACCGGAGGUCGCUCCUAUUUUGACCCGCGAGAAAGUUGCUGACUACUCGCCCUGGUCUCGGCUAGGAAAUCACCCCGAGGAUCGGUUAUCAGAUCUCAAUGUCAGGGCAGGCAACUUUGAGAGAGCCCCCGGUGUGAACACUAAUUCAGAUAUUCAAUCGCACGCGUCCAAACUUUCUGGCCAGCUGAAAAGCCACUCCAGUUUACAGCUGCUAUCAUCCGUCUUCGCCGCCGCUUUGGAGAAACGUCAGAUCAACGAAAAGAUAUCCUCAUCAUCAACCUUCAAACCACCACCACGAGUGACUCUCACGGAUAAUAAACGAGAAGCCUGGCUCCGAGAUCUUGCAAAUUCAUCGGUGCCCUUACGCCGAUUGAGUCGGACGAUACCACACGGAAUUCGUGGGAAAGUCCUACUCGACCAAUGCUUGGGCAAGGGAGUCCCUAUCGGCAGAGCCGUAUGGCUGGCCAAAUGUGUUGGAGCCAAUGAAAUCCGCGCAUUCAAGAGGAAAGGGACCAGCGGGUCGCUUUCGCAAGGGCUCGAGACGAAAUGGGUUCGUGAGUGGACACUGAGUGUACAACAGUUUACUGCCGGAGUGAUAAGUGCAUGUGGAAAGCCAGAUUGGCGAAAUAAGAUGACCUACGCAGUGAGACUCGCUGCUCGACUAUUCUACGAGCAUUUACUCGAUCAAGAUUACUAUCUCGACUGGUAUUUGUCGUCCAUGGAGAAUUCCUCGUUAGACGCUUUCCCAAUAUGGCUUGCGAUGCUCAAUAUAUACUGGGGUAGCCUCGUACGGUUCAGAAAACGAGGAAGACGCCUUGCGGAAGCCUUGUUGGAGAAGCUUAGGGACGCUACAUUUUCCGAUUUCAAAGUGCACUUGCAGCCCUUGGUUGAUAGAGUUUCUCUUCUUGUUCGCCGACUCUGCCGAGAACACUCCCCAUGUCUCAUUCUUCCACGAUCAUGGGACCGUUAUCAAGAUGUCGUCGCAGCUUCACUAUCUUCUGGCGAUACUAAGGAAAAGGCAAUCUUACAAUCGCUUGUUCUUCGAAAUGCCCGUGUUCAAAGGCCCGGAACAUACUGUCCGGUACGUCAACGUUCACCACAAGAGCAAGUAAUCAAGCUUCUGGACGCAUCUCGUGAUACAUGCGAUAUGUGUGCUCUAUCAGGUAGAUGCCUCGCCCUUGUCCCCGAUCGGCAAGACCUUGUUUCGGUGCUUUUGAGAUGGGCUGCGAGUCCGUUUCGUCAAGGACUGGUUCGCGUAUAUAUUGCUGUGCGACUCUUUCGAAAAUGGAAACGUUCAGGCAUGGAUAUAGACGCUUGCAUUUUUCCAUUUCUUACCCAGACUUCUACUGAACAGUCUGCAUCAAUGGCCAACGUAUAUCACAUUAUAGUUGAGUUGAUUCGGUCUCAGACAUUCUCGGUUGGCCGGUAUCUGCAGUGGUUGGUCGCAAGAGGCGCUGUUGAACAGUAUCGCCAGCACAACCCUGCAGAGGAGUCUCCAUCUUCAGUGCCAGUCGAUAUAGCAUUGUUAUCACACAUACCGGUUGCUCGCCUUCCACGACAUCUUCGCAAUCUUCGAGACACACUUCUAGCUCGUGCAGGCCUUUCUUCCUCCGAGAACGAGGUACUGCGCAGUAUCAAGGCCGAUCUGAAGCAGAGACUCCCUGGUUUGUUCGGAAAGGAUGAUUCGCACAUGAGUCUCAACUACGAUAAAGACAACCUAUCGUGGUCAGUUAAAGCGGACAUCAGCCAGUGGGUUCGAGCAGCCGUGUCAGAACAUUAUGAGAGCGGCUCUGCCUAUUCCCAAAAGAUGUAUGAAAGCUCCGUUGAAGCGUCUUCUUUAACCCAAGAGGAGUUUCUUGUCGUUCGUUCCAUACUUGAGCAGUACGGCGAUCUUUCUAUGCUCGCAGACAUUCUCAUCGAUGCGUCAAACUCGGAUGAUGUUCGUUUGCUCACAUGUGCUGUCGAUACAUUAAACCGUCACUUUGAGUGUUUUACUAUUAUUGGUGCAUUGGGCGACAUGUUCCGAAGUUUCUAUGAAGCUUUCCUCCGUGUCAAGAAUAGCGGACAACCUCUCUAUGAUUUGGCAUAUUCAAUGGCGGAAGUCGGACACCGCCUCCCCAAUGAAGUGAACUCGCUGAUCUUGCUUCGUCAAGAACUUUCCCGAGCGGACCGUAACCUUGCUCUUGCAGCUUGCUCUCCGGUGUCAGAUAUGGCAGAGACAUUGAACGACGCUAGUCCUUCAUUCAACGAGGAUAUGGACCAGUUUUUAUCAUCCGGCAACAGUAUGGACGAAAUGACGAUGAUCCUUGUUUUCCAAAAACUAAUUCAACAACUUGCGUUCUACGACGAGAAGGAUCCGUCCAUGCCAGGUACGGUUUGUCGCCAUCUGGUACAGCUGCGAUCAUUCAACUCGAAGCACUUUGAUCUCCUGCUUGUCCAAUGGCUUGAAAAGACUUUAAAGUCCACCUCUCGGCCUAAUCUGUCUCGUCUUCUGUAUCCGCUUGUUGGCAUUGGAUGUGUGACUUUACCGGCAUUUGCUACUUUGACGAAAAAAGUCCUGCAUUCCGGAUCGCUUCAGACCGACGCUUUCGCACUCCCGGACUGGCUGGUCGACUUCUUGAACCUUCUUGUGCCUAAAUACAGUGCUGAACCCCUGUAUGACUUCUUAGCGUACCGCUUUCGCAUUGCCCAAGAAGAGUUCCUACACGGACACUCAAAUGAAGUUCUUGCACUCCUUAAAGAUGCCGUGCCAUAUAUGACUGUGAACACUGCUCAAGAAAUAGCACCUUUGGCUCCAUGUGUGGUUCCCUUAUUGAGUGAGAUCAUUGUCCGCCAUCCAGAAGAUACCACGAUGGACAGUCUCCGAGGCCUCAUCAAGACUUGUCCAAGGUUCCUUCCAGUCGUCCGCCAAUCUCUCGAUCUUCUUUUGAAUGAUAACGAACAGAGCAACUCAGAUUUUUUGCUGAAAACAGCAGCGACAAUCACGCAGACAAAUCAUCUUUCACUGCCUUUGUGUCAGAUGAAGCUUCAAAUCCUUUUUGACGAGAAGAAUGACGAGAGCAUGAGGAACAGCAUUGUUGAUUUAAUGUACAAGUCGGCAGUGGCGGAUGUUCGUACCGGGAAUACUUAUUGGCUCGAUCUGGUAUCCACAAUGGGCCAGGAGGCUGCAGAACAUUUACGCCAGAGAGCCGAGAAGGACUUCUUUUCCAUUACGCAAUCUGACAUCGCUUUAGAGAAAGAUUCCGAGAACGAACGACUUGCCCUUCAGGAAGACGCACGUGUAUAUUUGUCUAUUGUCGACGGACUCGCAUACAGUAUACCCGAGGAAGGAGUUUCAUCUAUCGCGCCUAUUCUUGUCGAAAAGAUGAACGCGCUUCUCCAAAGGCUCUUCACCAUGCAUAUGAAUGUGCGGAACUGGAGCGAACAUCGUAGUCGCUCGUCACAAGAAGCAAUUACGCGUCAAUUGUCUGGCUGCGAAGAGAACUUUGUAUUCUGGUUGACCGCGAUGCUACAAAUGAUCCGAAUCCAUCGUGCAGCAUUCGACGUACCGGCAAUGUCUGGCAACCAACGGCUAGGUGCUUAUGUUGACUUGUCGCGGUUGCUCAUCAUAAUCUGCUGUCUGGCAUUAUCACGGACGCCCUUGGGGCUUACAGUUCAGCCACGGUUAGAUCUCUCUGCGUCGUCAUAUUUCCUCGCGUCAGCAAAAGAGGUCCGAGCCGGAAACACUAUUCAAACAUAUGCCUUAGAUAUCGCAUCUUCUUUGGUCGACAGUCUCCCCGACGAAGCUCGGCAAAAUUGUGCCAAUUUCAUCAAAGACCGUUUUCCACCAGCACUCAACGUCCAGAACGAUCCUCGUUUACAGUAUCUUUUUGGUCCUGUGGCCGAAAAUUCCGGUAAUCCAGGCGGACCUCUUCCGUCUUCCGGUCCUGUCUCAUCCCCUGCCGCAACAACGUUGACUCCGUCAACCAAUCCUGUCAACAACACAGCUGGAACAGCAGGAGGAAAUACCAUCGAGGACCCCAUGGCAAUCCACAAUCGCUUACGCGUUCAAAGUCAUGGCCGCGUGAUCGGAUCAUACCCGCUUCGGCCGUGGGAGAUGCUGGAGGAAGCUGCUCCGGUGGUUGGUGCCAACGACACUGCGAUCGAUUUGAACCUUUUUGGUGCACGCAAAGUGCGAGAGUACUGAGCGGAAACAACAACUCAACUCAACAACUAUCUCAUAUUUCUCAUGAUGCCCUCAUUUCUUUUGUUUUACUUUCAGCCCCUACUUCUUGAAGUCCCCCAACCCAUCUGUUUUUAACAUUGUAAUAUCCCAUUUCUCAAGCCGGAGUCUCACGCACCAUUUUUGGAACCAUAUUUCAUUAUUUACAUGCAUGCAUUUCACGAGACAAAUCACAUACACCCCUCACACAUAAGGCGUUCUGGCAUCUUUGGAUCUUCGAUUAUAUCUGGAGUCAUUAUCUGUGUACAUAUUUCUAUCAUUAUUUCUUCUUGAUCUAUUAUAAAGCAUGGCGGAGUGCUGGGUAGAAUGGUAUCGGACUGGAUGAGUCGAUUUUCACUUCCUCUUGAUGUUUCUUUCAAGGACAUAUCAUAGUUGGUUGUAUGGAUUUGUUUGUGGCAUAGUUUGAUACCAACCUGUUUUUAUUUUUGGUUAGGAUGUAUUUGGAAUAGGGAGAGUGAAUGAUGACGAUUGGAUGCACUUUACUAUAUAAGAAUCAAGUACGAUCCGAGUCCAUCAU